AACGUGUCGCAAGGGGUCACUCACGAGAUAGAGUGGAAUCUGCCGUUUCGAAUAGUGGUAGAUGAGCUGCCGCUCAGAAAGGAUGUUACGUUUUGGACGUAUCAAUGUGGACGCCGUGAAGGAAGCUUUUAACAUCUUGAAUCCACGCUCCAUAUCCGAGCUGGGACCCGGGAAAGCGCUCCUCUUCGGGCCUUCGAGGUCUGCACAAGAUGGCGGCGAACGCCGGAAGUCCUCCACCGCAGAGGUCGCGCAAGAAGACCCCAAGCGGACUUGUUUAUACGACCUACACGUGGAACACCAAGGUAAAAUAGUGAAUUUCGCUGGAUGGCUGUUACCCGUUCAGUACAAGGAGGCCAUCGCCGCAUCUCAUCAGCACACGAGGACGUUGGCGUCCCUCUUCGACGUCGGGCAUAUGCUCCAGAGCAGGGUAUCUGGAAAAGAUGCCACGGAGUUUUUGGAGUCGUUGACAACAAGCGACCUCAAGAAUCUCGCCGAAGGGUCUGCGAGUCUUACCGUCUUCACCGACGAGGAUGGAGGGAUCCUGGACGACCUGAUCAUCACGAAAGACAAGCCAGACCAGUACUACGUGGUGUCCAACGCUGGCAGAAGGCAGGAGGACGUCCAACUUCUUCGUGGGCGUAAUGAGGAAUUCAAGGCCCAAGGGAAAGGGGUCCAUCUGGAGUUCCUGGAUCCUUUGGAGCAAGGUCUGAUCGCUCUUCAGGGACCCGAGGCUGCCAGGGCGCUGCAGAGUCUGGUCCAGGUGGAUCUGACCGCGGUUAAGUUCAUGCAGAGCAUUCAGACCACCUUGGUGGGCAGUAAGGUGAGGAUUACACGGUGCGGUUACACCGGAGAAGAUGGCUUUGAGAUCUCGGUACCAGGAAAGGACGCCGUUGGGGUGACGGAGAAGAUUCUGGAGGACGCAGAUGUUAAGCUCGCAGGGCUGGGAGCUAGAGACAGCUUGAGGCUGGAGGCUGGGCUCUGCUUGUAUGGGCACGACAUCGACCAGACCACAACACCCGUUGAAGCUGGACUAACGUGGCUCGUUGCAAAGAGGCGCAGGACGGAAGCCAACUUCCCUGGAGCCGAAAAGAUCCUGUCGCAGAUCAAAAUAGGGCCCAGUAAAAAGAGAAUCGGUCUUACGAUCAACCAAGGACCUCCUGCCAGGGAAGGUGCGGCCAUUCUCACGUCGGAAGGUGAAUUUAUCGGCAAGAUCACUUCCGGUGGUCCUAGUCCCACUCUUGGUCGGUCCAUCGCUAUGGGGUACGUGCCUAAGGACUUGGCAGGAUUCGGACGCGGCGUUUUGGUCGAAGUCCGAGGAAGAACCUACAAAGCGACUAUCACUAAAAUGCCCUUUGUUAAAAGUAAUUACUAUACCGGCAAAUAACCGCUAAAGCAAGCUAAUUUAGAAAGACGAAAGAUUUGUUUAGUAUCGUUGUCUUGUAAAAAUUGAAUGUAAGCGAAAGAGUGUCGAGAGGUACGAGUUAAUGGUUUCUCACUUGGUGUCAUGAUUACUACGAAUUCUGCAAUAAACGUGAAACAAAAGAGUGGUUAAUGUU